CGGCCGACAUGGAGGCAUCGGCUGCGGCACGCGGCGAGCGCGUGGCGACGGCGACGCGCGGCGAGUCCGCGGCUGUGCAGUGUGAUGUCGUGCGCGCCAAGAGCAUGGUGGUCGCGGAGACGAGGAGGUCGCGGAGGACCUGCGUGGUGGCGCAGAGGUCGCGGCGGCUCGGCGCGACAACCGUGAAGGCAUGUGGCACGGAGCCGCAGCGGCCGCGGCGGACGUGCGUGGUGGCACAGAGGCUGCGGUGGCGCGGCAUGGCGGCAUGGAGGUGUUGCGCUGCGGUUGAGGCCGCAGCGGUGCAGGGCAAUAAGCCGCGGCGGCGAGUCGGGCGCGACCGGUGCGUGUUAUGGGUGCGCACUAGACGCGUCGGGCGCGUCGGGACCGCGGGCGCGCGUAUGAGCGUGCGGUUGACGUUGGGAGGAGGCGUAUGUCGCCGUUGUGUUCGAGUCCGUGCUCGAGUUCGGCUACAUCCUUCUGGCGUUUGUCGCUGGCGGCUGCCAUGGCGGACGCGGAGGCGGCGCGCGAUGAGUCCAUGGCGUGUGGUGUGGUCGGGCUUGUCGAGCGUGUCGGAUGUGCGCGAGACGUGCGGGACGCACUGGUGCGGUCGGGCGCGUCGGGUGUGUGCAGGACAUGCGGGGCGCAGAGGGACGCCAGACGUGUGUCGCCUGCGGAGAAGGAGCUCGGCGUGUGUCGCCGAGGAAGAGGAUGAAGACUGCGUCACGCUUGGUGGAGGCCGUAGCGACCGCCAUGGCAACGACGUCAUGGUUUAGGAGGAAAUUGUUAGGAAUAAACCACGUUUUGCCUUGGUCAUCUAUGUGUGUGUCAC